AUGCUGCUGCCUUCAACCUUGCGGAUCCAGGUUGGCGAUCCCUCGACCGAGGACAAGGCCAUGGCGUGCUCCCCUGCAUCCCCUCUGGCUCUCGCUGUACCGUGGCCUGAACGUUCUCUCCUGCUUCAGAGACAUGGCCGCUGCCUUGCAUUCGUCUCUUUGGACUGGUACUUCUCUGGCAUCUUGGCACAGGUGUCAUCUGACGACCCACAUCCGAUUCCCGCUGUCCGGGCCUUGAACCCCUUUCUCGGCCUUGACCUUGCAGUUGCUGUUCCGGCUGCUGACAUUGCGGCGGUGCAGACCAUUCCCAUGGAGGCCUGUGAUGUACUUAUGGGUCCAGUCCUGGCCAGCUUGCCCGAUGAGGCGCUGGAGCAUCCACUGCCGGUGGCUGUGGAUGCGAUGAUCGAGGACAAGGGUGCCCCUCCUGCCAACUUCGCAGUGGUGGCUGACAACUUGGAGAAGGUGACUAGACGGCAAGCAGUGGUCAUGUCAGGGGCAGCUGCUGUGGAGAUCACGCCACCCAGGGCAAGCAAAGGCGAGCAGACCGCUUCGCCGUCCACCGCUUCGGAGGUCUCUGGCCCUAUGUCGAUCUCGCCGGAGACGAAGGAGAUCAUGGCUCGGGAGAUCCAGCAGGCGGCGGAGGAAGAGUCGCGACGUGCUAGAGCCGCUCAGGCUUCGUAUCUUGACUGGUCAGCCAUGCCUGCGUCUCCGUCCCCCAAGACAGGGCGUGUGGUGCUAGUGCGGACGCCCUCGCCGACGGCGAAGUCCAAGCGAUCCUCAGAGCUGUCGAAACCAUCCCCGCAGCAGGCCAAGGGACGUGCUCCGCUUUGCCCAGACAUCCGCGACCACGGCAAUGACGUGGUCGUUGAGGCCGACGAAGUUGAGAUCGUUGUCAUUGACACCCCGCCGAAGGCAUGCAAGGACGGGCGCAGCAAGCAGAUGUCUUCUCCAUCGACGGCAUCGGAUGUCAGCACUUUCGCUUGUUCUCCGGAGACCAAGGAGAUCAUGGCUCGGGAGAUAAGGACGGCAGGGGAGGAAGCUACUCGGCUCUUGCAUGCCAGGAUGGCAUCCAACUUGGACUGGUCGGCCAUGGAGAGUGUUCUACACGAGCCAUCUGAGCCAGGGAGGGAUGCAUCCGAGACGGUAUGGGACGAGAUGCUCUGGUGUCUUUCGGAGAAGCAUCGCCGAGACAUCGCCUUUGGUUCCCUGAACGAGUUCUGUGCAUUGCAUAGAUACCAACAGGCUGCUCAUGCGGUUGCAUGGGAAGAUGCAGACAUGUCGGUGAAGCGGCGCAUGGCCUGUGAAGACACACAGGAGAUACUCUCUAGACUCCGGGCAAUUCAAGCAGACCCGACCUGGGAAGCCGCUGCAAGCUUGUAUGGUUCAGACAUGGUGCUCCGAAGCACUGAGACACGUAGUCCUUCAGGCUUGAGCAAGGCAGCAGCAGAGCUGUGGCAGCAACUCAUGUCUGCUUUUCCAAGCUUUCCCGAUGCGGACAUUGCCAGUGCUCCAAGCAUCAAGGAUGACAAGGAGGGCCUAUCCACGCCUCCUCGCAAUGCCAAGAGAGAGGUGCAGUUCAGUCCACCUCGGCCGUCGCAUGCACGGCGCAGCACUGGAGAAGCCGGAGAGGUCAAGCAGGAGACCACAGCCCAUGCGCCUGGGGUGCAUCGGCAUAAUAUGGAUGCAGAGGCACUGGAAAAGGCCUUCCUAGCAAGCCAUCCACGCGACCCACCUGUCAUGGGCCAUCUUCUGCAUUACGGCACUUUGUUGCACGGCAUCGCCGAAAUCAGCAGGCAUAGGUGGGGAGUGUCCUGGCCUACUCACUGCCUGCCUCUCAUGGCAACAAGUGCAGAGAGCUCCCGCCUGCUGGCUUUAAGCUCUGCUGGUCUCGUGUUCGCGAUUCUCCAGAACAAGGAGCACUGGGCCUUGUUGGCGGGCAUGCAUGGCAAGAGCACCUGGUUGCUCCUGGAUAGCCGGCCCUCUGCAGAAGUCGAGCAGCUCGCAGCCGCUUUCCUGCUGCAUGCUCAGGAGACAAGUUGGAGGCAGGAGCUGUCGCUCAGGAAGUACAAUGUCCCUCUUCAACCUGACAGUUGGUCGUGUGGUUUCCGAGUCCUCAUGUCUGCAAAGGCCAUUAUCGAGCUUGAGGGUGGCGACUGGCCGCCUCAGAUUCGACCAUGUCCGCCAUGUGCCGGGACCUGCGAGCCUGGAUGGAUCCAAGUGCUGUUGCGGCGAAGCCCGAGGGGUCUGCCGCAUCGGCUGAGCAAAGCUCCAAAAGCGAAGGCAUCCCGGAGGAAGCAGGCCCCAGAGGCGAAAGCAAAACAGACGGAAGCGGAGCUGCAGCAGAAAGGCUUGGAGAUCCUGGAGAACAUUGGGGUGGACCACAGCAUGUUUCAGUCGGUGCACCGAAGGCAUUUUCCUGGCAAGAACACCGCGAAGGGCCACUGGCAAACUUUUCAGAAGUCUAUCGCGGACGACCGAAUCAUCUCCUGUGAGGCCUGCCUCGAGCUGCAGGCCAAGGUCUCGCAGGCCCUGGAGGAUGCGGAGGAGCAGGCCCUCUCGAGCUUGGUCCCGGCGGAGGAAGCUGACAAGCCUGGCCUUAGCAGGACAAGCAAGAAGGGCAGGAAGCGCAAAGCCGACGAAGCUGGGCGAAGGUGGCUGCAUGAGUUUAUCCGUAGCGAAAGGCCUGGCCUCUACCGAGUUACGGAUGCGAGCUACAGUCCCCAAGUGGAAUACUGGUGCACGGCCUGCCAAGAGAAGGUCCGCUUCUGGACUGCAGCGAACAACUCGAAGCUGCUCGUGCACGAGAAGGCUAAGAAGCACGAGCGAGGGCUGCGAAGGCUGCGAUGCGAGCAGGAGGAGCGAGAUCGUGCUCUGAUGCCCCUGCCCGCUGCCGACGAGAUUGUUGAGUCCGACCAGAGCGGGUGCCGAGGCAUUGCCGUGCAGGAUCCCGGGUCGCCGUUGCACGCCUACAGCCAGAGCAUCAUCAACUUCGUCGAGGCGGGGCAACCGCGGAUCGUCUAUUCCGAGCAGGAGGCGGAUCCACUACAAGGUCUUGUCUUCGAAUACCAUCCACGGCUAGGCAUCCUAGUAUCUUCCACGCAGUGCGUGCGAAAGGAGAUGUCUCCCAAGGAGACAGAGCGUGGGUACUGUGACGAGUGCCUCAAAAGAUGCCAACUGCUGUCGCUGCGCAAACACUUGUGCAAACUCUCCUACUGGGUGGACUUGCUUCUCCUCACGUGGAAGAUGAAAAACCGACCACGUAAGGAGGCGGAGGAGAUGGCCCAAGUCAUGCGCUCUCGGGAUUACAUCGCCCUCAAACUAGAGGGUACUGGUCUGGAAGGUUUGCUGGAGGGAGAUGACUCUUUUCAGAAGCUGCUGUGUGCCACCAAACGAGGCAUGGAGUCUGUGGCCCAGAGCCGGCGAUCUACGAGCAUGAGGCACCUCAUCGAGCGGUUCAGGGUGACUGUGCCUGUCACCAAGAGUGGCAAGCGUAUGCAGAAGGACGCCGAGACAGCUCUCGCGGCGACCUUGGCAGACGCCAUCACCUCGGGGACGUGCCGUGAGAAGGACGUUCACCUCGCAAGCCUCGUAGCGACGGGUGGACUGCGAGGAGACAGUGUGGUGGAAGCCCUUACAGCCACCUUUCUUCUCGAGUUUCAGCAACUCUGCUCCAACAAGCGCCGAAAGACCUCCUCCAAGCAUAUCCGAGAGGCGCACGUGGCCGAUGCUUUGUCUACUUUAGGCCGCACCUCGGAGAUCCAGGAGUUGAUGCAGCGUUUCGGACUCAAUGCAAGGGCGGUCCCCAAGAAGCCAGUGAUCCAGGAGGCAGUGCCAGAGAGUUUCUGUAGUCACAGGACAGAUGAGCUGCUCCGGACAGCUGCUGAGAAAACCUUGAGGCUGCUUCGCUUGGAAGGCGACACCGAGAUCCGCCCCAUGCUGAUCAUGGACGAGACUGUUUGGUCCCCUUCCUGGUCACAGAUCAGCAAGGAUGGCGAAACAGCCAUCGUCGGUGGCAUCUGGCACCAGGACAGUGACCAGGACUUCUCCUACGUCCAGGUGACCGACAGCAAUGAGGUGCCCCAGAUUCGGAACAUGCCGCAAGCCUUCCUCGCCAACACUACCCAGCACUACGUCAUGAAACGGCCCGAUUGCAGCCGCUUCGUCUUUGACCUCCUGUGCAUCCCGGGCAAGCAAACCAGCAGUGGCCGCGACUUGCUGGAGCUCACCGGCCGUGUGAUGCAGGCAGCUACCUCGCGAUCUUUGGUGCCUCCAAUCGGAGUCUCCUCAGAUUGCGGCACUCGCAACAUGGAGACGAGCCGCUGCUUGGUUGGUUUAUGCGACCCGGCCGACCUCACGAAGCUUCCUUUCUGGAGUACUUGUGAGAGGAAGCCUCUGACAGGUCCGUAUGCUUGGCCGUUCGGUGCUCUGUUCUGGACUCAGCCCUCGACCGGGAAAAGCUUUCAGCUGGCAGGCUCGUGCGGAGGCUGGCAUGUGCAGAAACGUUUCAGCCUUGCACAUGUCAGUGGGUGCCGCCUUGUGAGCUGGGGCGCCUUCUGGGUGACUUUGUCGCCCUGCUGUCGGCAGGAUUUGGGGACAGCAGCCUUCUGCUGCAAGGAUGUACAAAGCGACAGUGCCGCGAGCUCCCGCCUAGCCCCGUGCUUCACACCACGGGCGUGGGAUGCCGUUGGCACUCACCUGCAUCAGCUGGUGGGAGGCUUGGUCGCUGCGAUCACCACCGCUUCCCGGGGCUUGACGAAGUCCGAACUGGCACACUCCUCCUUCUGCCUCUAUUAUGUGGUGAUGCUUCAUCUGUGCCGUGCCUCGACAAAGCACCCGCAGCAGACCGACAAGUACUGCCUCAGCAAGGUGACAGUCCGAAAUUUAGCCCAUCUGGCGGCCCACAGUGUGAACCAGUGCCAGAUGCCGUGGGAACACCGCGACCUUCAAGAGUUGCCCAUCGAAGUCCAUUUUUCGCGGGUGAAGUCUAGCUUCCGAGGGUCGCCAGGGAUCCGCGACUGCAUCGCUGGCAUCUCUUUGGAUGCAAUGAAACAACUACUCGAGCUUCGCAGACUGCCCGAAGGCCACGACUUCAACAGUAAUGCCACUGUUCAGGACCGGACGCCUGUGACCCCGGAGCAGCUCACCCAGAUCUCCAAGGAAGCCCUGGCAUGCUGCUGCAAAUUCCAAGCGAUGAUUUCAGUGGACGUGACCGCCGAGGACAUCUACGACCACUUCAGAAGCUGGUUUCGCGUUCGAGGACUUGCCGUGCUGCAGGCCAGGACCGAGGACCUUGCAGGCACCGGCGACGCAGAGGACAGCUUGGAGCACUUGCUGGAGCAGAAAGUGGAUGAGGUCACGGACCUUGCACUCCUCGCUGGCGUGGAUACCACGGUUCUGGACGAGCCCCUUGCCACAGUGGAGCUGCUGCAGGCCCGAGCUGUGCAAGCAGAGGAGACCGAGGCCACACUGGAUGCUCUUCUCCAACUUGAUGAUCCGGAGCAGGAGCAGCAUGAACAGGCUACCUCCAGCGGCGAUGCAGCGGCCGACUUCGCACCGUCCGCCUUUCCUGAUGGCCUCUUGCCGGAUGAGCCACCUGACCAUCCCGAGGAGCUUCAGCCGAAGACGCUCGCCGAUGUCGUGAACCAGGCCAUUGUCAAGGACCCGGCUGCUUUCGAGCUGAAUGAAAUCAGCGGUGCAGGUGAGGAGGGAUGCCUGAAGCGGGCACUCUGUUUGGUCGGGCCCAUCCGGCGCUACACGAGGUGGGUGAGAUUAGAAGAGGGCAAACUGUCGGAAGCCCUUCUGGAGCGAAAGUCUCAAGGCCAAAAGUGGAAUGUUGUGGAGCAUGAGCUCGCCCUGGCACGCCGCAUUGCUUCCCUGUCUCACACCAGGGUCAGCCGUGCUGAGGCGUGGGCCAAGACAGCUGCUGAGUUCCUCAAGGAGAAGCUCCCAGUCCCGAAGAGCUCGUCCAAAGACGGUCUGGUUCCAGUGACAUCUUUCCGUCCACCUGUGAGUGGGAGAACCUGGCAGGUCCUCGUUCUGUGUGGCUCCCAGCUCGGGGCCUCUUCCAAGAUCCUCCUGGGCGUGACAUUGACCGUGUUCCGUGGCUCUGUGAACCGAAAGCAAGGGCAAGGACCGGUCCAGGUCAGAGCGGGCAGGGCGUUCAACGGCGAUCUGCCAACGAAUGCAUCUCGUGUGGUGCACGCUGCAGAGCUCCGUGCUACCAAUGACGACACUCAGGGCACCUUCACAGUCACUGGCCUCAGCAAUGCAUGGGUGUUUGAUCCCACUGGUGUCGUCCUCGCGGAGCCAGAGCUCGUGAUGCAGAAGGAGACUAAGCAUGGCUUCACCGUGCAGUUGUCUGAGGCGGCGCUCCAGGGCAUCGAGAUCCUCCGCAAAUCAAAGCUGCCCAAGCUGGCAGCUGCAUCAGCUGCUGAUCCUGCGGAGGACGGUGCCGCAGAGCAUGCCGAGCCAUCCUCGUCAUUGAGCGAAGGCCUGCAGUUCACCGACCGCAGCUUCACGAAGACGACACUGCGCAAGUCCCUAGACCGUUUCUGGCCGGCUCUGGCACGGGCCUACGCCCAGGAGCAGCAGCCUUUCGUGGAUGCCAACGAUUCCGUGCAGUUGGGCGAGCAGCAGCUGAGUUUCAAAGAUCUCGCGAGCCGAUCGGCUACAUUCCUCGAGAAGGAGUUUGAAAAUUCACGAGGCUGGACGUUCAGCCAGAGGGUGCACAGCUUCCUGCAGUCCCUGCUGCCGAAGCGCAGAAUCUCGGCCUCAUAA